UCUUAUAUUGUCCUCUUUGUUGUCGUCCUCAAAGAACUAUCUUGUCCCUAAAAAACAGCUUCUCUGCAAUGUCCCCGUGCUGAUCAGAGCCGUCUCGGACGGACGACAGUACAGCGAAACACACACCCGUCUCUGCAUCCUCCGUUAUGUCUUGGUGUUGUGAGUGAAUUGAACGUGGACGAGGGACAACAUGCGGUUGUGGACAACAUCAUGGCGCUGGGUGGCGUUGGUGCUGUUGGCCUGGGCGAUGCUGCUCUUCUUUAUGGGCGGCCAUCUGGUGCGUGAGAGCCAGCACACGCAUGAAACCACACACACGCGACGAGAGCUCGCCAACAUCCUCACCAAACUCGAGCGCCUUAAACAGCAGAACCACGAGCUGCGGCGGAUGGCACAGGCUCUAAGGAUUCCUGAAGGACAGUCCGUUAAACCCGUCUCUGCCGGUCGGGUACGGUUAUUAGAGGAGCAGCUACACAGAGCCAAGCAGGAGAUCCGCAACUAUCAGAGAGUGUUUGGAGAUGUAGGCCCGGGCCGUGUGCAAGAGGACUACAGGAGGAAGGUGGAAAGAGGCGUGAGGGAGUUUUGGUAUUUUCUGCGCAGCGAGGUGAAGAAGCUGAGCCACGUGGAUCCAGCUGCGCUGCAGACGCACACCGACACACUGCUGCAUGAUCUCGGCCACCAGCAGAGGUCCAUCAUGACAGAUCUUCACUAUUUGAGUCAAGCUGAUGGAGCAGGAGAUUGGAGGGAAAAGGAAGCCAAGGAUCUGUCCAAUCUGGUGCAGAAUAGGAUUUCCUACUUGCAGAAUCCUCCAGACUGCAGUAAAGCGCGCAAGUUGGUGUGUAACAUUAAUAAGGGCUGUGGUUACGGCUGCCAGCUGCACCAUGUGGUUUACUGCUUCAUGAUUGCAUACGGCACCGAGCGCACACUUGUACUCGAGUCCCACAGCUGGCGUUAUGCUCCUAAUGGGUGGGAGACCGUGUUCAGACCACUGAGCAAUACCUGCACUGAGCGAACAGGAGCAUCCAACGGACACUGGACAGGGGAAGAUCAUGAUCGGGAUGUGCAGGUGGUGGAGUUGCCCAUCGUGGACAGUCUUCACCCCCGACCCCCCUACUUGCCCCUGGCCAUCCCUGAGGAUCUGGCCCCACGGCUUCAUAGGCUGCAUGGAGACCCCUCCGUCUGGUGGGUGUCUCAGUUCGUCAAGUACCUGGUCCGUCCUCAGCCGUGGCUAGAGAAAGAGAUGCAGGAGGCUGGCAUCAAACUGGGUUUCAAACACCCCAUCAUCGGUGUGCAUGUGAGGCGAACAGAUAAAGUGGGCACCGAGGCGGCGUUCCACCCCAUUGAGGAGUACAUGCUUCACGUAGAGGAACAGUUCCAGCUUAUGGCCCAGCGCAUGCAGCUGGAUAAAAAGAGAGUGUAUUUGGCAACUGAUGACCCCUCACUGUUACAGGAAGCCAAGACCAAAUACCCCGAUUACGAGUUCAUCAGUGACAAUUCCAUCUCCUGGUCAGCUGGACUGCAUAACCGCUACACAGAGAACUCUCUCAAGGGAGUCAUCCUGGACAUCCAUUUCCUGUCCCAGACUGACUUUCUAGUCUGUACAUUCUCCUCACAGGUGUGCCGUGUGGCAUAUGAAAUCAUGCAGACUCUUCACCCAGAUGCUUCAUCAUACUUCUACUCUCUGGACGACAUCUACUAUUUCGGAGGGCAGAAUGCUCACAACCAGAUUGCCAUCUAUGCACAUCGGCGGCGCACUGCCGAGGACGUUGCCCUGGAGCCUGGAGAUGUUAUUGGUGUUGCUGGAAACCACUGGGACGGUUACUCCAAAGGACUGAACCGCAGACUGGGGCGCACUGGCCUCUAUCCAUCUUACAAAGUGAAAGAGAAAAUCGAGACAGUGAAAUACCCCACCUAUCCCGAGGCAGACAAACUGCUCAACUCAGAAAAUAGAGGGAAAUAGACUGAAAGAGACAGUAAGAGACUUUAAAAACACAGGGAGGCAUGAAGAGACUGAGACAGAUAGAGACAAAGACAGGAUGAGAAUAAUCCCAAAGUAUUUUUUUUCCUGUAUAAAACCGAUAAAUAAUGAUAAAGGAGAGAAAAUAAGACAAUUCACAAAGAGAUACAUGCUGUGAAUGUGUGUGUAUGUGUGUAAGUUACAAAAGAUGAUGUCAAAAGACACGGAGACAGAGAUAGAAAGAAUAGCUGGAAAGUCAUUGAAAGAAACAAAAGGUAUGCAAAGAACAAUAGAGAAAAAAAAUUUAGAUCAAAUUAUUAAACCUAUAGAGAUAAAAAAAGAGAUAUGUAAAGAGACAAAAGAAGGCAAAUAAAAUGAGACAGAGACAAAAAAGAUAGAAAAAGGAGACGGAGAUACAGAAAAUGACAGAAUUAUACAUAAAGAGGUUAAAGGGGAAGAGACAAGGACAGAUAAAAGAGAAUGGAGGAAAAGCAUGCCAUAAAAGACACAAAAUGAGAUUUAACGCAAGAAGCAGGAGGAUGGAAAAAGACUUCGAUACACACAAAGACAGAAAAAGAUAGACACAGUAGAGAGACAUCAGCGACAAGGAUGGAAAUAGAGAAAGAUGUAAGACAAAUUUAGACUGAGAGAAGGACAAGAAGAUUAAGAGAGAGAAAAGACCCAGGAAUUGAGAUGUUGGCUGACAUGGAAAAAGACCAAAAAAAAAAAAAAAAAGACCUAGACAACAAGAAUAAUCAACUUUGGGACUCGGGAAGGACGGACAGCGUAAACAUUUGGAAGAAUGGACACAUUGAGGACAGUGCUGUGUGUAUGUUUAUGUGUAUUUUUACUCAUUGAGAAAAGAUGAAGAAGAAUAUUCUGAUGUAAAAUAUCCCAACUAUCCUGAGGCAUACAAGCUGCAGAUUACAGAAACAACAACCUAUACCGAGUCUGCUGAGACGGGAUGGAUAAUGAGACGUAAUCCACAGAGACAGACCGAGGAUACGUGCUUGUGUUUUGACUUAGCGCAGCCUCCUUAAUGACUCUGUAUGGCAGGAGGUGGAGUGCGUUUCUCCGACUGCAGGCUAUUUGGACUCGGCAACAGCUGAGCAUGAUUUACAAACCCACAGCUCUGCCUCACUUCAUGGUUUUAUUGUUAUUUAAUUGUCCCAGGGUGGUUUUAAGUCAUUUUUAAUCUUGUCUUUUAAUCUCUCUUGCCUGUUUGAUCACUGAUCACGAUGAAACUGGGGAAGAAGGCGAACUAAGGAGAUAGAAAGACAUAGCAAGGCUAAUUAUUAGGGUGCUUCUUAUUUCUUUAAUUGUACUUCAUUGUUUUAUUUCCUUGCUUCUUAGUUCCCACCUUUAAGGAUUUGAGGUAAGAUUGCAAGGGGGAAAAACAACAACAGAGGAAUGGAUGCCAAAACACUGUGCCAUGUCAGAUAUACUAUGAAUCAACACGAAUUAUUGAUGACUUGUGGUCCAGCAUGUUUUCACCUGUACAAUAUUUACUCAGUUAUCAUCACUGACCUGGUAUGUCAGUGCCCAUUUAUUAACUUUGUAGCCACUGUUUCAUUAUUGAUAGUAUUUACGUAAUGUUUUGGUUCUUAUCUUUUUUGUUUUAAUCAUGCACUGAAAAAAAGGAUUGAAUUUAUGGAGUCUGAAUGCGUACGUUGGUUUGACAUGAAUGAAUGACAUUAACUCAGAUUGCUUUCUCCAUGCAUCCAUUCACCCAAGCUCAGGAUCAAACCAAGGACUCUAGCAUUGUGACAUAGUUACAUUAUACGCUGUGCUAUUAUCAUUCAUAAAAAAAAAAAAUUCCUGUCGGCACUAACAUCCUUGUGAAACUUUAAAACAUAUAUUUUGACCACAUUAAUAUUAUGAAAAUUAAUCACAGUCACUCUACAUACUUCCAACUAGUGGACUGUAUGUGUUUACAUGAAAUUUUCUAUAAACAUGACACAAAACUAUAUAUAAAGUAUACCGCCUGGCCAAAAACUGAAAAAUAUUAUAUUUUGUUGGACAACCUUAUGAAAUGUUACAAUAUUUAUUUCCGAGUUGCAUUUAUUUUCAGCCGGGAUAUUGAUGGUGAGUCAAACCACUCUAUAAAGUCUUGUCCAUCUCAAAGACAUUAAGGAUAGGACUGUGGCCUUGUUCAAACUGCAGGCAAAUCCGAUUGACUGUCUACAUUGUAAUGUAAAAGUGAACAGAUCAGACUUGGCUCUAUUCAAACUGGCAGCCCAAAUCUGACACGCAUUGGUUGCUGGAGCGAUGCCGGAGACUCGCAUGCAACGUUAUUUCCUAAUAUCACUUUUAGCUUUCCCUGUACUGAUGAAUCCCCAAAGUGCUAUCAGACACUUCACAUCAUGCUCUGUCCAGAGACUAUUGUUGUCCAUUACAAUACUGCGAUUAAGCCAGCUACUCUUCCUGAAGACAUGGUUAAUGUAGCUGUAAGGAAGACUUCAAGGGCGCAGCUUUAGUGGAAACUAAACUGAAACUUAACUGAAAAAGACCUUCCGCUACCUCAGCACAGCAUAGCACUUAACUACAAAAUUAUGUAUAUGUAUAUAUUUAUUGGAUUCAUUACAUUCAGGUUAUCAGCUGACCUUAUUUUAUUGCCACAGAUCAUCAAACUGUCUCCUUGGGCUUGUACAUUGGGCAUCAUGGAUAAUAGGUGGAUCACUUACCCUGAUGUGCCCACUGCCCUGGAAUAGGAACAAUCUGGACUCAUUCAACCACAUGACCUUGCCAUUGGAUGCUGCCUACCAAAUUAAACUUCUUUCCAUGAUUCUACUCGCUAACAAGUGGUCUUCUUAUGGCCAUGCAGCUGUUUAGUCCCAGUUCUGUCCUCCUUGUGGAUGUAAAAAUGCUCUCACUAUUAAACAUACAGUAGCUGUGAUUUUUACUGUCGGUUUUUACGAUAACACUGUACCAGUAGUUUAAGUCGCUGUCUAAUUCACUAAAGUGAUUUUUUUCUUUUGCAAGGUUGAUGGUUCAGCACUAUCCUUCCAGGUUUUAUUAAUGCACUGGACAUUUCUUAACCCAACUCCAAUAAUUUCAGCAAUCUCCUUAUUUGUUUUAUUUGCUUGAUCCAGGGCAGGGAAUAAUUUCACUAUACUGAAACAUGGUAAAAAAAAUUCCAUGACGACGAGAAACGUCUUCUGAGGAGCUACUCGCUGCACUAGUUAGUGUUAGAUGAAUUGUUGCCAGCUGAAACAUAUUAAUCACUGUAAUAAUUAUCCAAUGAAAGGCUCUUAGGUAUUUUCUUAUGUAAAUUCAAACAGCUAUUUCUUUUUCCUUCUUUUUUUUUUUUUGGCCAGGCGGUGCAUUUUUGUGUAAACUAUACAUAAUAUUUUCAGUUACAUCUAACCACAUAUUUUCUUUUUCUGUGUGGGUGGUUUUAUGAAAAUGUGCACCAUGUCACACAUGGCUUAUGGCACACAUGCCUUCCUCCUCACUCAGAAUGCUUCUGUGUGCAUAUAAAGAAUUACUAAUUAGUCAUACUCAGCAUUCUUGGAGGCAGUGGAGCAGGCACUCAAGAAGGUACCUUCUAUUGACUUCAUAAUGAUUCAGUGGAACUUCAUUGCUUAUGCCAGGAACAAUGGAGAUACUUAGACAGGAAUUCUGUGCCAAGAAAUGAUUUUCAAUACUAAACACUUUUGUUCAAACAGAAGGCUGAUCAUAAAUGUAUUUGCUACCAGAGUCUCUUGGAUUUUGUGUUUCAUGAGUUUUAAGAUGAUGUGUUUUAAUCAAUAGAUAAAGAGAAGAGCCAUUAACACAAUAGUGAGUUGAAUUCAUCACUCAGAUUGCCGGCCAGGUUUAUGGAAAGAUUCCUGGAAAGCAUUGUUUGGGACCUUUAGUUUGGGGGAGCGCAUAAAGUAACUAUUAACCAAAUUCAAAUUCUCAAUCAUAGAGCCAAAGGAAUGAAGCUGUGGCCUUCUGAUUUAGUUGAGAAUUAGGAGAGUGAGAAGGGCUUUUGCAUAAGCGGGUGGAUGAUCAGUCAUGGGAUUUGGAGAGGCCAUGGGAGAUUUGUGGUGGCCAAAAAUGAUCUGGCUAACUGUUCUGUGAGUAGGCAAAAGCGGAUAAGAGAUUAUUCACCAGCUUUGUUAAGCACAUGCAUAGGAGUGUUGACCUCUACAGGGGAAACUGUUUAGUAAUGGUUGGAGCACUUUCAGACUUUUUUAUAACCCUUUUGGCAUUCCAUCUCUUCAGGAUAUGGUGCUCGAUAUCUCUGGGGUUCCAUUAUUUUGGAUGAGGUUACUAUGGUGGUUGAAGUCAUAGCAUGAAAGCUGCAGAGGUGGAUGGGAUUUAGUCUAAAAUACUGAAGGGUUUAGACAAGGUUGAGGUGACAUGGUAACAUGCCUCUUAAAAAAUUGCAUCAAGAUCUAAGGGCAGGGUGCUUGUAAUGGUAAAGUUCCUUGGUCUUGCUUACAUUUUUAUUUAAUACCAGUAUGGGUGUAUUACAUUUAUAGAAUGAUAUUCGCCAGCCUUCAAGCCAAAGUGCUCUGGAGACAUGUCUUUACAGAACUUUUUCAGCUUUCCCUCGGCUGAAGAACAAUGGACCAGCUUCUUUAUUCUAGUGAGGGGUCAUGUAAGUAAGAUAACCCAGGGUUGUGUGGAUUUGGGGGUACAGGAGGUAUUGCAGAAUUAUGGAGUAUUUUGGAUUACUACUUCUUACAAUCUAUUCUGCAUACAUAAGCAGGUCAUGCUCUAACCAUUAAGUUAAACCUGUUUGGUGUGGUGAAAAACUCCAUGAAGGGAGUUCUGUCUCUUCUGUGUGGUUUACAUGUAAAGUAAUUUCCAUUAUGGGAAUAAUGGGAUGCUCAGUCAGGUCAGACCUCAUGUCUGGUGGAGAUGUUGGGAUCUUAUUAAUGAGUAAUUUAAAGUAAAUCAAAUUAGAUUUUAAGUUGAUCAAAAAAAGAGUCUACACUGUUACACUGUUUUUUGUGGGACAAAAAGGAGCUCAGUUUGAGGACAGAAUUUUCUGUUUAUGUCCCUAUUUUCACCCAUGAAAACAAGCUGUGUGGAGUGAAAUAAAAAAAUUAGUAGAACUGUUGGAAAUGAGUUUCUUGACAAUCUGGGAAAACCUCAGAGCAGCGAUACUGCUCUGUCAGGUUGAGUGAAGGUAGUAUGAUGGUGCUAAACCCUGAUUAUCUCUUGCUAGAGCUGUAUGACUCAUGUUUCAUUGGAUAAAGUCUCCAUUGCAAACCAAGGCCUUACUUGAGUGAUUAUAUUUCUCAGUCGGCUUGGGAAUAUCUAUAGAGCUCCCAAAAAGAGGUGUAGGCAGUCCCUUGUGAUAGAGUAGUCUGGGAUCACUUUCUCAAUCUAGUGCCAGUUUUAAAGGCACAAGCUAGGUACUGUAAUAUACUGUGGGUUUAAGAAGACAAUGAAUUGUCAAUUAUAGUACUGGGAAGCACCCUAAAAUAUGUGGAGAACCUAGUUGAACUUAAAUUAAAUGGAAUGGGAAGAUAUCUGCAUCAAGGAGAAAUAAAGACUAAGUAAAAAUAAAUAAAAAGCUCUAGGUAGUGUAUAAAGAAUUCAGGUAAAUAAGAAGUAUAAAGUAAGUAAAAUGAGAGGACUCCCUUGUGGUCUAGUGGCUAGGGUUCAGUGUUAUUUCCACCACAGCCCAUAUUUAAUUCCCGAUAAGAAAAUUGACUUUUGGGAGCAGUGGGGGCUCAAACAGUUACUGAUGGUUUAAUGAUUGGAAGGUCGGUGGUUCAAGUCACUGUUCAGCCUUUGAGCAGGACCCUUAACCCUGACUAUAUGCAUUGUAUCCUGGCUGACCCUAUGUUUCCUAAAUGGGAACAAUUUAAUGUUAAUCUGGGGAGAAAUUAUAAUUUUGAAACUAGAAAUGAUAAAAAUUGACAACUGGGGGCCUACAAAUGAAAAAAAAAAAAAACAAGCACUGAUUCUGCUUUUAAACAUCGUCUUUUAAAUGUAUUUUCAUUCAGUCAUUGUUGCUUUUUUUCACCACCUUGGAAUUACAUGUGACCUGUAAAAAAUUAUGGUGGAAAACUGUAGAUGAUGUGUUUUAUAAGCCAGCCAGUUAGGUGGAUAAAAAAGACAAGAUGGAAAUAUGAUCAAACUACUUAAAUACCAGCGUAAAUUGCGGAGAACUGUCCAGUUAUGUGUGGACUAAUAUUCUCAUAAGCAUGCUUAAAUUAUGUUCCUCUCUUCCUCUCAGUACAUGACUUAAACACGAUGGAACAAAUGGGGAGAAUCAGGACUCUUCAAUUGUAUCAACUUGUUUACUUACAGUAUAGAUUUAUCACUAUUUGCUCAGUAGGUUUUUAUUUAUUUAUUUAUUUAUCCUUUUUUUUUUGCGCAAUUACCCAGGCUGGUUAAUUAAAAGAAAAAUGUGACUAUGUUUUGUGUAUGCUAAAUGAAAUUAGCAAUACAUACUGUAUAUCAGGCCUAGGAACUAGAAGCAAUUAGGAAACUAAGAAUCUAGGGAGAACAAAAGAGAACUAGUAAACUAGAAAUAGCAUAUAGAGAGUGCUCAGGAACAAGUUAACAGGUAACCAUAGAAGUAGGGAAAUAAAAAUGAGAAUUAAGUUGAAGUGUGAAACAAGAAAUAGGAAAUUUGAUAACCGUACAACAAAAACAAUAUUACACAAAUUGCAAGAGAAAAAGCAAGCAUUAUUAAAAGAAAUGCCCACAAGCAUUCAUGAAAGACAGUAAGUAGGAAAGCCUCUGUGGCACUAAUCAAAUUAUUGUUUAGAAAAAUAUGGAUUUUUAUCCUAAAGUACCCAUGUGCCCCUUUAAAAGCUCAUGUGUGUUUUUAUUAAUUUAUCUUUCUACUUGCUGUAAUCUCUUCAGUAUUUCAAUCCAAGAUUUAUAUUUAUUUUAUAAUGAAGAAUAUUCUGAAUCACCAGAGAACGUUUUCAAAAGAGAUGAUCUUUUCCUACUUUAUGUUCCACGGUAUUGUGUUUGAUACACCACAGAUCAA